UCUCCGCAGCCGCGGGCGCCGUCGGUGAGGGGAUGAGGCAGCGGGCGGCGGCGGGCCGGGCCUUGGUGCUGCUGCUGCGACACUGAGGCGGCGCCCCCGCGCCUGGGCCUGGCUUCUCGCCCGCCGGCACCAUGAUGGAGGAGAUCGACCGCUUCCAGGUGCCCGCCGUGCGCGCCGAGAUGCAGCCGCUGGAUCCAACGGCUGCCUCCAUCUCUGACAGAGACUGUGAUACGAGAGAGGGAGAGACUGUAGCUAUGAAUUACAAACCGUCCCCACUACAAGUCAAACUGGAGAAACAGAGAGAGUUGGCUCGUAAGGGAUCUCUGAAAAAUGGGAACAUGGGGAGUCCAGUAAACCAACAGCCCAAGAAGAACAACGUGAUGGCCCGAACAAGGCUGGUUGUUCCCAAUAAAGGCUAUUCCUCAUUAGACCAGAGUCCCGAUGAGAAGCCGUUGGUAGCGCUGGACACGGACAGCGACGAUGACUUUGAUAUGUCCAGAUAUUCCUCCUCGGGAUAUUCCUCAGCGGAGCAGAUCAACCAGGACUUGAACAUCCAGCUGCUCAAGGACGGGUAUCGGUUAGACGAGAUCCCAGACGACGAGGACCUCGACCUAAUUCCCCCGAAGUCGGUCAACCCAACUUGCAUGUGCUGUCAAGCCACCUCCUCCACUGCCUGCCACAUCCAGUAACGAGGGAAGCCUGGAAAGGGGGUGACCAGUGCUUACCACUAUAACUGUAAAACUUAACAGCCAUUGCUUCCUCCUAUGGUAGGACGUGCACCUCUUUGUGUUUAUGGAGCCAGGAGAAACCAAAAAAUAUAUCUAUUCAUUUUAUGAUCCUCUUCUCAUUUCUGUUUGAAGCUAGAGAAAGCAAACUCUGGGAGCGUAUUCCCGGUCUGGAAGGCUGAUCGGAUCCCUUUUGGCCUGGUCGUGCGUGGCAAGGUUCAUACGUGGGCUUUGGGUGGAACCGGGUGAGGGCGCAGGGGCAUAUCAGGAUGAAAUUCAUUCUUGAGGAGCUGCUGCUUCUCUACUGACGCAGUCAGGUCCUGCCAGGGAGAUGGGAGCAGGAAUUAAGUACGGGAUCCUUCAUAAGGCCAGGAUGGAUUCAUGGUUAAAAAAGAUCCAGAGGAGUUAGCCAUGUUAGUCUGUAGUAGCAAAAUAAUAAAAAGUCCAG